UCUAGCGGGAGUCCGGCACCCAAAUGUGCACCUAGGGCUUUCUUCUGGGGCCAGGACACAGUUCUCCCCUACUGAUAUAAUCGAUGUUGUCAUUUGGUUAUAUGCUCGUCCUCACUGGAGAAUGUGGAAAUUCAUAACUCUUUUUCCACGUGCAGCUUACACACAGUGGGGCUGUGCCGUUGCCCGAAGACUUCUCCAUGAUGGACUUCUUAAGGUCCACCCAGAAGUAUCAAAAGCAAUUGCCAGUCAGAAGGCUGUAGUGGCUUUGGAAAGCACGGUCAUCACACACGGCAUGCCAUAUCCUCAGAACCUGAAAUGCGCUAGGGAGGUUGAACAGAUAGUAAAAGAACAUAAUGCAGUCCCUGCCACAAUUGGCAUCAUCGAGGGGAAGGUGCAUGUGGGACUGUCAGAGAGCCACCUGGAGCAGCUGGCUAAAAGCAAGGAAACACUAAAAGUAUCGCGCAGAGAUCUCCCAUAUGUUCUUAGCAAGGGCUUAUCUGGUGGUACCACUGUUUCAGUCUCCAUAAUAGCAGCACACAAAGCUGGCAUUCCUCUGCUUGUGACUGGGGGCAUCGGAGGCGUCCAUCGGGAUGGACAAAACACACUGGAUAUCAGCUCAGAUCUGACAGAACUGGGUCACACCCCGGUGGCUGUGGUUUCAGCAGGAGUCAAGUCCAUCCUGGAUAUUGGGCGAACACUGGAAUACUUGGAGACGCAGGGGGUAUGCGUGGCUACGUUUGGCAAGACACGUGACUUCCCAGCAUUCUUUACUCCAAGAAGUGGCUUUCAAUCUCCUUACAAUGUCACUGAUGAAGAGGAAGCUGCAAGACUUAUUGCCACUGUCCAUCAUUUUGGCCAGGAUAGUGGAGUGCUGAUCGGAGUCCCUAUUCCGGAGGAAGAGGCUGCAUCAGGCCUGGUUAUUGAUAAUGCGAUCAGCCAAGCUGUGAAAGAGGCAAGGGUUAAAGGUAUCCAGGGCAAGGAUGUCACUCCCUUUAUUCUAGCACGAAUCUGUGAGCUCACACAAGGAGUUUCCUUGACUACCAAUAUUGCUCUCAUCAAAAACAAUGCAAAGGUGGGCAGUCGUGUAGCAUGUGCACUAGCCAGGCAGAACACACGCAGAUACAAGCGUCCAUCACAACUAUCUGAAGAGAAGGACAGAGCUCCUGCUAAACCAGUCGUGAUUGGUGGCUGCAAUAUUGAUUAUGUUAUCAAGGUGGAACAUGGUGAUAUGAUGUUUGGCGGCCCCACAAACCGCAGCAUCAUACGUCAGUCGAUAGGGGGUGUUGGCAGAAACCUGGCUGACUGUCUAAGUCGCCUGGGCUUGAAUCCAUUGUUCAUCUCAGCCAUCGGAACUGAUAUCAAUGGGGAGACAAUUCGACACUUCUGUGGUCACAUGGAUACCAGCGGCGUGGCAAUAUUACCGGAGCAUAACUCAGCCGUGUACUGCGCAGUAAUUGCACCUUCAGGAGAGCUAAAUCUGGGCCUUGGAGACAUGGACAUUCACCUGCAGAUAACAGCGCAGUAUGUUUCCAAGUUUGAGGAGCAAAUCCGAUCAGCCUCGUUCGUGUGCCUGGAUGGGAAUAUUCCCGCAUCAACCAUCAAUUACGUCUGCAAUGUUGCCAAAGAGUGCAGCGUCCCAGUGUUGUUCGAGCCCACAGACUUCUCCAGCGCUUGCAAACCGUUCAAGACAGAAAGCUGGAAAUCUCUAACGUACACGUCACCCAAUCUGAUGGAACUGUGGGCAAUGAACCAGGCACUCGGAUUACCGGUACCCACAGAGCUGCCUUCCGCAGUGGAUGAAGUUGUUGAAGUCGCGCUGAGAAUGUCACGGCCGCUGUUGAAACACUUGCAGUGUGUGAUUGUCACCCUGGGGAAGCACGGAGUGCUCCUGUGCAGCGGAAGAGAAGACGGAGAGAUCUCCCUCCAGCCAAGGAAAGCCUCUCAGACGUCACCCAGUGAUCUUUGUGCCGCCCACUACCCUGCCAUUAGUAUCAGGCCAGAAGAAAUGCUGAACGUGUCUGGAGCGGGUGACAGUUUUGCUGCUGGACUGAUUGCUGGCAUCUUGACAGGGCAGGAGACCCACACGUGUGUUAGGAUGGGGUUGUUGGCUGCCAGCCAUUCCAUCAGGUCACUGGAAGUCAUCUCUACGUCCAUCAAUAUCAACAGUGUGAAUCCACAGCGGGUCAUCGAGGGUGCGUGGCCACAGCCAAUAUAUAAUUUGGAUGGCAAAGCUCCUGCUAACAAGGAAUUAUAAAUCCCAGAGUCUGGAUCCCAGGGUCCUGUCUCAGAAGAACAGAAGGUCCAGACUUGAACACAAUGCUACUUAAAUGACUGACAUUGGAGUGGGAAGACUAUUUCCUACUACGAGCAUGAACAGAAGGCAUUGCUUCUAUCUGCAGAACUCUUAAUUGACUUUCCUUGUGUGCUGGCUGUCCAGGACAAUGUGAGAAACGUACAGUGUAUUGAGGACAUGUGGCCUUCCAGAUACUAGCCUAUCACAUACUUACUGUCUUCAGCUCUUUUUUUAAAAGCACUAAAACUGUUAGCAUAUAACCAGUCUUGAUUGUUUCAUUUGUACCCAAGUCUUAAACUGAAUUGUUAUGCCUGCAGCCCGCUCCUUUGUGAGAAUCGCAAGAUCACUGUUGGGUUGGGUCAGGGGGCCCAGGAGAAUGAGAAAGAGACGUGCGGAAUGUCUCGUUCCCCCGGCGAUGUAAAGCUACGGGACAUGGCCAUUGUCUCCGGAAAGCGAAUUUAUGGAUUGGAGACUCUACUACGUGAAAGCCCUCAGGCAAAGUGGGCUGGUUGAGGGAGAGAUGGCAUCACCCCCAACCUGAUUGACAUCUGCGACCCUGCGAGUCAGGAUAAAAGAGGGUCUGUGGGAACAGCCCCUCAGACGCAUCAGAAGAAAAGCUAGCACUCCCGUGAUAGCGGGAAGCCAUUUGAAGGAGGCCACGUGCGUUCAGUUCCGUUGCCUGGGACUGGUGGCUUGUAACAUGGAAAACAGCUUUUAGCUAACAACGGGGAAACCAACUCCCCGACUCAACAGAUUGGCAUCAUAAAAGACCUGGGCAAGUUUAAACCGUCUCUCUCUUAAAUCCAAAAUGCUGCAGCUUGAACGGACGAACAGUGACUUUUAUAUUUUCCAUCGGACAAUACAUUAUCCCCUAGACAACGAUAGAGCUAUUUCUUAUUGGUUAUUAUGAUACCCGCGCUUUUAGAUUUAGUAUUGACGACAUAUAUUAUCUGUAUGUUUGCAUUAAUCUUAUU